AUGGAGGCUGACAAUAGCAUGCCGCCGCGCAGCAAAAGCGAUUGCGAAGCCAAAGAGAUAGAGCGCUCGAUCUCGUCUUCAUCAUCCAGGGUCGACACGACCUGGGAAAACUUCCCAGAGCAACAACGGAGAGCAGUCCUGCGAAAAAUGGAUCUGCGAAUACCUCCAAUCUUAAUGGCACUCUACCUGCUAUCGUAUCUGGACCGAGCAAAUAUUGGAAAUGCCAAGAUCGAGGUGGCUAGGUAUCAUCACAUUUGGCUGGGGAGUAAUGAUGACACUGGUAAGAGGCAGCGCCGUAUUCUUGCUGCGCACGAAGCUGAUGAGCUGAAGCAUGGGAUUACACACAAUUUCAGAGGCAUUCUCUCAGUAAGACUGAUCAUGGGAGCGUUUGAAGCUGGGUUCUUUCCUGGUGCAAUCGCAUACAUGACCAAGUGGUACACGAAUUAUGAGCUGGCGACCAGAUUGUCGAUCUUUUAUGUUGGCUCGGCUUUAUCUGGAGCAUUCUCCGGCCUCCUGGCUUACGCCAUCGCUAAGAUGAAUGGAGUGGGAGGCCUUGAAGGGUGGCGUUGGAUCUUCAUUCUUGAAGGUCUCGUCACGGUUGCGGUUGGUGUCCUGAUCCCAUUCCUGCUCACAGAUACGCCAGACAACCGCCCGAGCUGGCUUACCGCCGAAGAAACAGACUAUCUUAUUGAGCGAAUGAAGGCACAGAACGCAGGCCAAACGGCUGAAGAAGCAGGGAGCCAUCUCAGCAAGUCAAUGCUCUGGACCGUCAUUACAGACUGGCAACUCUAUCCACUGGCCAUUGUACAAUGGAGCAACACUGUGCCGACAUACGGUUUGAAAUUCACACUGCCACAAAUCAUCAAGAAUAUGGGCUAUACAUCGAGCCAUGCACAGUUGCUCUCGGUACCACCUUAUAUUGCCGGUGCCAUCAGCUCGAUAGCCUUCAGUUUGUUGUCCGACAAGUUUCGAAAACGGUCGUACUUCCUCGUCAUUCCACAGACACUGCUCGUCAUUGCUUACAGCGUGCUGACGCCACUGUCGCCACGUUCCAAGCAAAACAUCGGCGCAUGUUACUUUGCCAUCGUGCUAGCCAACGUUGGAUGCUAUCCCAUCAAUCCAGGAACCAGUUCCUGGUGCGCCAAUAACACUGCACCUUCGGGAAAGCGCAGCAUCAGUAUUGCAUAUCUGAUAUCGUUGAGCAGUGUCGGUGGCAUCUUUGCAAGCUACAUAUACAUUGACAGCGAGGCUCCUGGUUAUCCUACUGGGUUCGGGACAAGCUUGGCAUUUGCAGCAGCGGGCAUUUUUGCUGUGAUUGGACUGGACAUCACUUAUGCUCGAAUCAACAAGAGGCGAAGUCGAACGAUGGAGCAAGUUGAUAUUAGGGAGAAGUACACCGAGGCGGAAUUGACAGCUCUCGGGGACAGAAGCCCUCUGUUCCGAUAUACGUUGUAG